UGGGAGAGGGACACACAGAGAGAGAGAGAGAGUUGAUGCUAAGCCAGCGUCAAUCCUCUGUGUGCUGUUUCAGGACAAACAAUCAGCCACCACUGCAGCAGCAACAACAUAUUUCUUGGGUCUUUUCCCUUGGAUGACAUUUUCUGAUUUGUAUUUUGGAGUUUGGUGCUGAGGAGCUCUUUUCCCCCGCAGGAGGUAAAGCCUUCCUGGUCAUCAUCGGCAUCCACGGGAAGCAGCGCGGGAGUUUUUAUUGACGACAACAUGAUCCCGAGGUGAGCUGACCUUAGUCCUCGUCAUGCCGAGAAGGAAACUACCGGAAAAGAAUCACAAAAUGUUGCCUGCUCACUUCAGCCUGAUGUUCUUCACCUCCUUACUCCUCUUGAUACUGCUUCCAAGCCAGCAGGUCCUCUCCAACUGUGUCACCAGGAGGGAGAAGGACAAAUGUUUGGAAAUGAUGGCUUUGAACGACCCUGGAAAUGAUUCAGAAUUUGGGUGUCCGUGGAUGUGGGACAACCUGACGUGUUGGCAACCUGCCAGGAUCGGGGACGUGGUUCAGGUCACCUGCCCUGACCUCUUCUCUCACGCCAUCAGCGAGGAAGACUUUGAGCUGGGGAUGAUCAGUCGUAACUGUACCGAGUUUGGAUGGUCGGACACGUUCCCUCACUACAUCGAAGCUUGUUUAUACCAGGACGGAAACAGCAGUCAUCCGGAAAUGCACUUUCUGUCAGUGAAGGCUUUGUAUACUGUUGGCUACAGCACGUCUUUGGUGUCCCUCACCACAGCCAUGGUCAUCCUGUGCAGGUUCAGGAAGCUGCACUGUACAAGAAAUUUCAUCCACAUGAACUUAUUUGUGUCCUUCAUCCUGAGAGCUAUUUCCGUCUUCAUCAAAGAUGGCGUGUUAUACUCCGAGGACAGCGAGCACUGCUUCAUACACACUCUGGAAUGUCGAGCAGUGCUGGUGUUCUUCCAUUACUGCGUCCUCUCGAACUACUUCUGGCUCUUCAUCGAGGGUCUCUACCUCUUCACUCUACUGGUGGAGACGUUCUUUCCGGAAAAAAGAUACUUUUACUGGUACAUCACCGUCGGCUGGGGAGCACCCACCUUGUGUGUGACCGUCUGGGCUGUGCUGAGGUUUCAUUUUGAUGAUAUUGGCUGCUGGGACAUGAAUGACAAUGGUGCCAUCUGGUGGGUGAUCAAGGGACCUGUGCUGGCCUUAAUUAUGAUCAAUUUUGUUCUCUUCGUUGGCAUCAUCGUCAUCCUCGUUCAGAAACUGCAGUCUCCAGAUAUCGGAGGAAAUGAGUCCAGUAUUUAUUUGCGGUUAGCGCGUUCUACUCUGCUGCUGAUUCCUCUCUUCGGGAUCCACUACACUGUCUUUCUCUUCUUACCCGAGAACGUCAGCAAGCAAGAGAGGCUGGUGUUUGAGUUGGGCCUGGGAUCCUUCCAGGGCUUCGUGGUUGCUGUCCUCUACUGCUUUCUGAACGGAGAGGUGCAGUCGGAGAUGAAGAGGAAAUGGCGCAGCUGGACGGUGAACAGGUACUUUGCUGUGGACCUGAAGCACCGGCACCCAUCGCUUGCGAGCAGCGGCGUGAACGGGGGGACACAGUUGUCCAUCCUGAGCAAGAGCAGCUCCCAGAUCCGCAUGUCCAGCCUGCAGGCCGAGACACCGGCAUGCUGAGGACGGGAACCACGGCGCCACGACCGUUGUUUCUUUUUGGAUCCCACGUCCACAAAGCGACCACACACACACCUUUCUUGCUCAAUCCUGAAUCCAAACAUGACGUGAGCAAACCGUAACGGAAAGCAGACUCACACCCAAAGACCCGAGCGGCCUCUCCAACUUGCGUCAAACAUCCAUUGCGUCCAGCAUCUAUAAUUGGUCAAUAAGCACGAUUGGCACAUUCUUCAUUGACUGAGGAGUCCAAUGUGGAGCCUUUGCAGUACUGUACUUACAUAACUACCUGAUUAUGUUGGCUGCAUAUUGACCUGACAAAUAGCUCAGUGUGAUUAUUAUAAUAUAUGUCCAAUAUGGACAAUAUUGACCAUGACCAUGCAUCUACUACACUAUGAUGUUUGAUGCCACAAUAAUACACUACAUUAUUUUUACGGUAGUUUUAUUUUUACAGAGACACAAUGUGAAAAGAUAAAUAAAUGAAGAUUGUAAAUUGUUUAAAUUUAAGGGAAAUAAGUAUUUGAACCCCUAUAAAGCAGCAAGCAUUGUGACCCCACACACACGACUCCUGCACCUUUAAGAAAGAAUCAAUAUGAUAUGUGCAUAACAAUACACGUGCCACACAAACACUAUCUUUAUUCAAAUAUUCACAUCGCCAUGGGCAAGACCAAAUAUCUGAACCCAGAGACAAGGUCGUAGACCCGCACAAGACUGGAAUGGACGACAAGUUUGAGUCACACAGAUACAAUGUAAUGUGGUCACAUGACAGCAAAGUGGAUGCAAGAAACUACAAGUACACUAUUACAACCACAUACAGACUACAAGUACUCUAUUAUGAGUACUAAAACUACAAAAAACACAAGUAUACUAUUACAACUACAAGAAACUGCAAAUACGCAACUACAAGUACUGCAAAAAGCUACAAAUACACUACUUCAACUAUAGAAAACUACAAGUAUCCAAAUAAAAGUACUACAACUACAAGAAAAUACAAGUUUACAAAUACAACAACCAUAAGAAACUACAAAUACAUUAAUACAAGUACAAGAAACUAGUACACUAUUGCAAGUACUUCAACUACUAGAAACAUGUACAGUGCUACAAGUACUUCAACUAAAAAAAAUAUUUACAAGAAACAACAAGUACAUCAAUUGACAUAAACUACAAAUACACUACAAGUACUAAAACUACAAGAAACAACAGGGAUACAACUAUUACAAAUAUAAGAACCUACAAAUACUCUACUACAAUUAUAAGAAACAACAAGUACAUUACUACAAGUGCUACAACUACAAAAAAUCCAAAAAUAAGCUACUACAAGUACAAGUACAAAAACUACAAACAUACAAGUACUGCACAUCUAAAAAAAACUACAAAUACACUACUACAACUACAAGAAAUCACAGGCAUACGAGUACUUUGACUACAAUUAACUACAAAUACACAACUAAAAUUACAAGAAACAAGUACAUCACUACAAGUACUUCAACUAAAAGAAACUACAAAUACACUACUACAACAACAAGAAACAACAAGAUAACUACGGCAAGUAUUCCAACUACAAUAAACUACUACAGGUACGACAACUACACGAAACUAUGAACACACUACUAGAGGUAUACAAGUAUUACAACUAUAAGAAAAUAUGAAUACACAACUACAACUGCACAAAACAACAAGGACAUUACUACAAGUACAACUUGUAGUAAUGUUAAGCUAUUACAAGUAAAAUAACUACAAAAACAACAGACAUACAAGUACUGCAACUAUAAUAAACAACAAAUUCACUACUACAACUACAAGAAACUGCAGGCAUGCAAUAACUUUGACUACAAAUACACAACUACAACAACAAGAAACAACAAGUACACCACUACAAGUACUUCAACUACAAUAAACUACAAAUACACUACUACAGGUACUACAACUACAAGAAAGUACACUACAAACUACACUACUAUAUGUACUACUACUACAACACACAAGUACACUACUACAAGAACUACAAGUAGAAGAAACAUGUUCUCUGUCCCUGCCGAUAAGUUUUUCGACUGAAAGUACUAAACAAUAUUUUGAAAAAA